UUUGCGACAAUAGUCUCGGCCAAGCAGCUCACACGUUUCUCCGACAAGUGGCGGAAGCUUCCUUCGAUUUUUAUUUCGAAGAUUCUGAAACUGAUUCACCCUCUGGAACCUUCUUCUUCCCUCGCAUAUAUAUACACACGUUUCUCUCUCCUCCACCUUCGCUAAGUUACAAGCUUUGAGAAAAAGUGCCGCAAAAUUCCUUGCAAGUUCAUUCAUAAUCGAUUUUACUUGGGUUCUAUGGAUUGGAAUGGGAUUAUGGCGAAAUGAAGGGAGUAAGAGUCAAAUUGGAGGAAGAUCCAGUGACAGCAUUCGCCACCGCAGUCGUCGGAGGUAAAUUCGCCGAGGCGGCAGAGGCGGCAGCGUCGUCUCCGAGGCCGAUGGAAGGGCUUAACGAGGUUGCUCCGCCGCCAUUUCUGACGAAGACGUACGAGAUGGUGGAGGAUCCGGCCACGGAUUCGGUGGUCUCGUGGAGGAAAGCUCGCAACAGCUUCGUCGUCUGGGAUUCUCUCACCGAAUCUAAUUAUAAUCACGCUCUUCUUCCUCGCUACUUCAAGCACAACAACUUCUCCAGUUUCAUCCGACAGCUCAACACUUACGGAUUUCGAAAGAUUGAUCCCGACAGAUGGGAGUUCGCAAACGAAGGGUCAGCGGGUCAAAGACAUCUCCUUAAGACCAUCAAACGUCGGAGAAACCUCGGUGUCCAAAACGCGCAUCAUCAAGGAGGGGGAGCCUGUGUUGUCGAGCUCGGGCAUUACGGUUUCGAAGGGGAACUCGAGAAACUCAAGAGAGAUCGGAACGUUUUGCUCACAAAGAUUGUUCGUUUAAGACAGCAACAGCAGAACUCCAGGAAUCUGAUCGCAUCAAUGGAACAGAGGUUGCUUGUGACAGAGAGGAAACAGAAACAGAUGAUGUCUUUUCUUGCCAAGGCUUUGAACAAUCCCGACUUUGUUCAGCAAUUUGCCCAAUUGCGCAGAGAGAGGAAGGAGCUGCUCGGUGUAGAUCUCGGAAGAAAACGAAGGCUAACCAUGAGCCCGAGCAUGGAAACUCUGCAGGAAGAGGUUCUGCAAGUGGGUGAAGAAGAGACUGAGAGAGUGGAGGAAACAGAUAUGGCGACGUUGUUCUCCGUGGCCCUUGACAAUGAAUCGAGCAGCUCGAUGCCCACAACGAGCUGCGCUAACGGUGAUGAUUGUUUCAGCGUCAUGGACGAGAUAAUGGAAGAGACGAUCCGAGGGAGCAAUCUCGAGGCAGAGGAGCCUGAGAUGGACGUGAAAGUCGAGGAUUUGGUUGCGACAGACUGGGGCGACGAGGAGCUACCCGACAUUGUUGAUCAAAUGGACGUUCUCGGGUCAAAACCCUAAACCUCGAAACCCUGGACCAAUCUCAUGGUAAUGGUGCUUAGCUUGCUAGUUGAACUGAUCUUCUUCGAUCCCUUGUUCAGGUCAUUAGAAUUAUAAAAGUUGAGUUCAUAUGACAUUGUGAUUGGUAGGAGAAGUUCAAGUUUUUUAACCUCGAGCAUGCUCUGCUUCAUUCUCAGACGACAUUGAUGGUUUUGGUUUGGUCGUGUUUGAUGCUUUUGUAGAUAAUGUAACAUUUCUUUUAUAUAUAUAUAUAUAUAUAUAUAUAUAUAUACGUAUGUAUGUAUAAUUGGAAAGGUGUUGCUUUUGGCAUUUUUUUAGUGUAUUUUUUAGGAUGGAUUGUAACUUAUGUAUAGAUAGACGUAUUUAAGAGUUGUAUUUAAGAUGUAUGAAAUAAGAGUUCGAUACCAUGCGAUGCAUGCUUGUACGCUUUC